AUGUCUGUCAUCCAUCCACAGCUUCACAGCACACUCGACAGCCUCAAGUUCCAGAUCAAGGACGCAUUCUGGGCGCUCUCGUCCUGCAUUUGCCAGCAGUCGGCGAAGGUCAAGAUCAACGGCCGGACAUUCAAAAUUGUGAGAGUGCUGGGAGAAGGUGGCUUCUCGUUCGUGUACUUGGCGGAGGAUGAGCACAGCGGGAGACAAUUCGCUCUGAAGAAGAUUCGGUGUCCGAGCGGACGGGAGGAUGUGAGGCAAGCUAUGCGUGAGGUCGAGGCAUACCGGAGGUUCAAGCAUCCGAAUAUCAUUCGAAUUCUGGACUCCGCGGUCGUGGAAGACCCAAAUGGCGAUGGCCAGGUGGUCUAUCUCUUCCUUCCCCUGUACAAGCGAGGGAACCUCCAAGACGCCAUCAAUGCCAACUCUAUCAACGGCACACACUUCUCUGAGCAAGAAAUGCUGCGCCUCUUCAAGGGUACCUGCGAAGCCGUUCGCGCCAUGCACGACUACCGCGUCCCCGUCAACGCCAAAGCCGGGCGCACAAAUCAAUCCCAAUCCUCUUCGAACGCUGCACGUAUGCCCGGCCCCAGCAAUCCCAGCUCGCCCCGGCAUUCCCUCGAUGAUGACGAGGACGCAGAGAUGUUCCCGCAUCCGGAGGGGGAUGGCGAGGGUGGAUACUCAUACCGCGGGAAUGGGAGUGUACAUAGCUCGUCUGCCCCACUCUUGACGAGGGAUCACCCGGAUGACAACGAAGCUAUCUUUGACGGUGAUGAGGAACUUGCACGCAUCCAACAGGAGGGGAACAGUCAUUCUGGGGAUACGGAACUCGUACCAUAUGCGCAUCGAGACUUGAAACCUGGCAACGUGAUGAUCGCAGACGACGGGUCACCUAUCCUCAUGGACUUCGGUAGUGCCAUGAAAGCGCGGAUAAAAAUCGAGAACCGGUCGCAAGCUUUGCUGCAGCAGGAUCUGGCAGCGGAACAGUGCACAAUGGCGUACCGCGCUCCCGAGCUCUUCGACGUGAAGACUGGCGUCACACUCGACGAGAAAGUCGACAUCUGGUCGCUCGGCUGCACACUUUUCGCGCUCGCCUACUCCCACUCGCCAUUCGAGAACACACAGACGACCGAGCAGGGCGGCUCGAUAGCGAUGGCGGUCAUGAACGCGCAGUACAAGCAUCCGCAGUCCGCCUACUCCCAGGGCCUGAAGACCCUCAUCGACAGCAUGUUGAAGGUCAACCCCAGCGAGCGACCCGACAUCCACCAGGCGAUCGAGAUGACCGACAAGGUCUUGCAGAGUCUGAGAUAG